GUCUGGGACAGUACCCUCUCGCGCCUCGCUCCUCUCAGGCACGCGACCAACACGCUGUUGAUGGAGGUCAAGGACCAUGCAAGCGUUCCUCCUCCUCGCUUCUCUGGGUGGAUGCGUCUUUGGCUCAGUCUGGCCCUUACAGAUGCAGUGCUAUCACUGUGAGGAAACUCUUCUCAACAAUGACUGCUCAGCCGCAAUGUUCAUUGUCAACUGCACAGCUAAUAUCCAGGAUGCCUGUCAGAAGGAGGUGAUGGUGGGGACGCACGGUGUGUCGUACCGCAAGGCCUGCGCGUCGUACACCACCUGCCUGAUAGCUGCAGCUGGUUAUCAGCGCUUCUGCUCACCUGGCCGAGUGGGCUCAGUGUGCAUCAGCUGCUGUAACACUCCCCUGUGCAAUGGGCCGCGUCCUCCCCGUAUCUCCAAGGCCCACACACUCAGCCUAGUCAGCCACACACACCUCCUAGCCCUUGUUGUUAAUAUGGGAACCUUACUAUCCAUCUUGCUGUGAGCAACACAUGGAGGAUGCGGAUGAUGAAUGAAAGACAACUCAGUCUAUUUACAGAGCGUGAGGAUGCACUAUCUUAGAGUGAUUAGUGGUAAUGGACCACUUACCUAACAGAAGAUCGGUCAAUAUAACCCAUGGAUGUGUUAAAGGAAGUGCUCUUUCAAAACGUGUGAGACUUGAAAUACUUCAAUAAUGCCUUUCCUUUAAAAGAAAAAGGCUGAUGUAAGACAGGUACUGGAAUGGAAUUUCUCCCCUUAAAGUAAACAUUUUUAAAGCAGUUCAGAUAAUACUACAGUUUCAAAGAAAAUAGUAUUUAACCUAUUCAGACCAGUAAUUAUUUUUUAAAAUUAAUUUAAUGUGAAUAUUUGAUGUUUUUUAAGCAUUAUCUGUGAACAAAUAUUCACUGUUUCUGGGUUUAUUUACAACUUCAUGAUUUUUUUGUUGUCAGAGAACUGAUGUGCUGAA